UCAGUGGGUGAGAGGAGGUUAGGUGGCAAAGUUGGUGGGAGCUGUGGUUAGUUGUACGGUGGACACUAGAAGAGGGAGGUUAUAUGGCCGGAGUGUUCCUCGGAGGGAGGACUGGCAGGUAUGAAGAGGUCACUGGAAAGUGGAGGCAGAUAGAUGGGAGUGGUGUCACUGCAGGAGGAGGAGCUGGAAUCUGGUUGGUGUGGAGAGGUUGGCAGGUGUCCUGCGUUGCCUGACGUCACUGAGGUUAAAUAGAAAGGCUGGUGGACGUCUGUGGGGCGGGGUUAUUACGGGUGUCCCGGAGGGGGUGAAGUGCGGGAACUCAGCAGCUAGGAGGGGAUUUCCACAGAUUGCAUCACCGCUGCCCAGAGUGUGACUUCUUCGGAAGCCCCUUCUCCACUCUCCCCAAAUUGGUACCGGAAGUGACGUCGCGUCUUCGGCCUCCAAUCAAUAAUGUCUCCGGGAGGUGGGGCGGGGCGCUAGUUGCCAUGGUAUCGGACGCUCAGCUCCUUUCUUGCGGCGCUCCUCGACUCCCUAGUGGAGACGAGGCAGGAGCCUCCGCGCCCAGCCAUGAGCAGCCUGUCCGUCGGGCGGAAGCUAAGCCUGUCCCCGCACAUCCUAGAGCUCCUGGCGCUGCCCUGCUGCCUGGAGGAGCUGGAGGCGGACUGCCGGCCUUCCAUUUCAGAUGACUUAAAAGUAGGCUAUUUUAUCACAGAUCAUGCCACUCAAACAGAUAUCAAAGAAAUAAUAGAACUAAAGGAGCUUACUACUACUACACAAGCCCUAGUACAGUUCACGGACUCCAUCCAGGAAGAUUUUAUGAUCUAUAAAAAUAUCCUUCAAGCACAAUAUGAGGAAAAAAUACAAGAGCAGGCUUCGAAUCUCUGUAGACAGAUAAAUGACAGACUGAGAGACAUAGAAGCUUUUCAUAAACAGAAAGAAGUCAAAAUUCGACAAAGCUAUCAACAGCAGCUAUGUGAUGCACUUGCUGUUCUCAGGGUAGAUUAUGAGAAAAAUUAUCGCAUACAGGAAGAUACAGAUUCCUCAUUAGCAGCGAGUUGGAAGGUUUUGAUUAAGACGCUCCAGGAGAAAGAGUCUAAAAUUCAAAAAUUAGAAGCAGAAUUACAAGAAUAUCAGGAAAAUGAAGAUACAAAAAUGAUUAUUUUUGACAACGAUGAUGACAAUGAAAAAAAUAUGCUCGAAAAAGAAAAUGAGGAUUUCAGAGAAGAGGUUUCUAGACUACUUGAUAGGAUUUCACAUCUUGAAGAGUCUCUGAAACGCAGUGAAAAAGAAAAUAAUAAAUUAGAUAAGGAGGUUCGAGGUAUGCAAUUAAAAAUGGAAAAAGAUGAGAAAACUGUUCAAAAGUUAAUUGAAGCUCAAGAAAAAAUAAAGAUGGAACUUGAAAAGGAGAGGUCAUUAAAUCAAAGUAUGCUCAAAGAACAAAAAGACAUUGAAACAAAAGUGGAAAAGAAGUUAUCUGACCUAAAGGAAAAGAUUCCAGCAUUGAAAGAAAAAGAUACAAAAAAAAAGGAGACAGUGAAAAGUGGAAGUGAAAUUACAGUGCCUCAUGAGAGCAGAGAAUCACAAAAGGGAUAUCACAAGCAGCAACAGAAGAAGAGUCCUAGUUAUAAGGAAGCAGAAAAAAGAGCAUUACUUGCUGAAAUUGAGAAGCUGAAGAUAUCUGAAGAUCAAGAGAAGCAACACAUACAAAGGUAUUGGUCAGAAUUUUUAAGACAUUCAUUUAACUCUAUAAAUAUUUUAACAUUUUGUGGUUUUUUUUAUUUCAGUCUUAAAAACGAAGUUGAACAAAUUAACCGAAGCUGGGCAAAGAAAUUCCAAAUUCUAAAGAAAAGCCUGCAUGCCAUUAAGGAUGAGAUGUUUCUUAGACAUACUUUGUACCGUCAGGCAGCAGCAUUUAACCAUGCAUCCCUCAAUCAACCCUAUGCUGUUCCUCUCUAUAUUGAAACUGGUGCAAGACAAAUAAAUGAACGAAGGGGUGGUUUAUAUUUCCCUUUUUCACCAUUGCUUUUAAUCAGCCUUAAUGAAAAAAUGUUCCAUACUAGCCCCAGAUACGUUCCGAGUCUACUGCAGCGAUGGAAGAAACAGAUCUUAAUAUUGUAAAAAUUCCAACUGGAACAGAAAUGUGCUGUUUGUAUGAAGAUGUGGAAGACUCACAGCUUAACUGGUGUAUGAUUUUACCUAUAUACAAGGAGAAAACUGAUGACUUAUAGCUUUAAAAUGUUGCAGAAGAAUUCAUUUCAAGAAGCCCAGGGUAAAGAUCAUUGUCUGGAACUUUUUUAGAUAUAGGAGCACUUCUCAGGCCUGCCCCGAGGCCUGCCAGGAAGGCUCUGAAAAACAAACCCUGAAGAGAGAAGACAGACAUGCUCCAGAGUGGGGACUGAUUUACCCCAGGCCCUGUCCCUGCCAGAGGAGGGAGCGCUAAGCCCGGCGAGGCAGAAGGGGUGCCUUGCCACAACUGUUAUAGCUCUUAAGUUACACUGCUUUUCGGAGGUAGCUGUAUUUAAAUUUUGGGUGAGGUUAUCCACUUGUAUAUACCGUACGCUCUGAUGAAAGGCACCAUGUAUAGCAAAUGAGAAAUUAAGCAAUACAGUAGAUGGAGAAUUUCAGAACAAUUACAUCAUGUUUCAGCUGCAAAGCAUCAGGCAUUAGACAUUGACUUAAAUGUCCCAAAGGCCAGCUAUCAACUAGAAAUAUCCUGUCUGACAUUUCAUAUUACUGUUAUGAAAAUGAAUUGCUUCAUCAAAAUGAAAGAAGGUGUUAGACCCAGGCAUCAUCAAGAAACUCCAACUAUAUCCAAAACUUAGGGCUUGUCCACACAGAAACUAAAUGGGUGACAAACUGGGGUGCAAAUAUACAGCACAUUAAGUCGCGUGUGGACCCUGCUAUGGUGUACUAAAGUUUUGGAGUGUGGACAAGCCCUUAACUGUUCUUUUAUCAUAGAUAAUUGGAAACUUUCCCAUAGCGCACACAAACUUGUUAUGCAGUAUAGUAUGAAAUGUCUUUUUUUCCUUACAAUUAUGCUUUAGAAUGUUCUGCAUAUUUUUCUGAAAGAGAAUUGUUCACUAAAACAACUGAUUCUCAGUGAGUAAGGAACUUUAAGAAAGAAUAAUUCUUAUAAAAUUACAUAUUUACUCCUGUUUGUUCCCUAACUAACCCUACUCUAGCUGCGAAGAUGUGCUUCGGGGUCUGAUCCUGCGUUGAAGUCAAUGCCAAAGCUCCCAUUGACUUCAAUGGUGCACAAUCCAGCCCUUGUUCUGUAUCCCUUUCCACCUCUUGCCAAACCAUAUAUAACUCUAGCUUUUCAGCACCAUGGACACUCUGUACUGUUCACAAAUUCUUUCAGCAAGUACACUUUCCUAGUCAGAAAUUUACUUUGUUUUGUAACCACAUAUUUUCUAAAGCCAAUUCUGAACAGAAAUUAUGGUCAAUCAACAUUAUUCAUAGUUAGUGGUGGCCUUUUGUUCAUCUUCCAGGGAGCUGUGGCUUGUUUAAUUCAGAAGACUUGGCUCUCUUGGUACCAUUUGUCUUAUUUGUUUAGAAUAAAUCGUUUUUCUUUUUGCAAAAAAUCAAACAAAUUACAAAAAAAUAAUGAUCUUCUAAUACAUUUGACUUAAGUGUAAGGAUCAAAGGGAGCAUUGCAUUCAGGUAAGACUGGAUGAACCUAUAGCUUGUUUAUUAUUACUGUGAUUAUUUGAAUUGUACAACUGGACAUCUAAUUCACCUGGUGGUGUUUCUGAUUCCUGACUGGAUUAGUGGAAUUAGUAGUAAAAUCAUAGAGAUUUCAAGAUGACUGUGCUAACUCUUCCAGCAUGAACCUUAUGUGAGCCUAUAUUCACAUGAUUUUUUUCUGAGAUGUUCGCUUUCUGCAAAUGCUCUUUCAGAUAAAUCACUGAGAAGAAUGUUUGUAGAAAGUAAAUUAAAGAGGUUGUUAUCCAAACAAAUCUUAGCAAAAAAAAGUUUGAUAUUUACUAGCUGUACAUUUGGGACUGCCCAUAUCCAAAGCCCCUUUCAUGUAGAUUGGGCAUGAUUGUUUUGUUUUAAAGUCAGUCUCUUUCCUUUUAUAAUUGAACACAUUGGGAGCAUACAGGAAAUAUAACACAGAGACAGAGGGUGUGUGUAAAGGUUUCAAUGGUUAACAAAGAUUAUAUUUUAUAAAUAUAAUAAUUUUAAUAAAUGAAGACAAUAUUUCAUAACGAACAUCCUAAAACCCCAAGAGUCU